AAUUUUGUGACCUUUUCAUUUACAUACAACAGCAACAAAUUGUGCUUUUUAAACUUUCUUUAAUUUUAGUUGCCUUAAAAUGUUGAUAAUUUAUUAUCACUAUAACAUUUUAUUUGUAUAAAUUUACUCAAAGUGAUAUUAGGUAGUCACAAACCAACUAGGAAACAUUCAUAAUUAUACAAUCUUGCAGAUUUUUUAGAUUUUACAAAUUUUUGUUCUGUUUUUGAAUAUCAUUUUUUUGCCUAAGUGAACUAUUAAAAGUAAAAUGAGUGCUGAACCCAGUCCAGCAAAUCAAACUGUCGAUAGGGAGAAAAUCUAUCAAUGGAUUCUUGAGCUCACAAAUCCGGAGACGAGAGAAAAUGCACUUCUUGAACUUAGCAAAAAGAGGGAGGUUGUACCAGAUUUGGCUCCUAUGUUGUGGAACAGUUUCGGAACAAUUGCAGCCCUAUUAUUAGAGAUUAUCACGAUUUAUCCUGCUAUUAAUCCAGCCACGCUAACUGCACAUCAGUCCAAUAGGGUUUGCAAUGCUCUAGCUCUAUUGCAGUGUGUUGCUUCACAUCCCGAUACCAGAUCACAGUUUUUACUGGCGCAUGUACCUUUAUUCUUAUAUCCGUUUCUGCACACAAUAUCAAAAACACGACCUUUCGAGUAUCUCAGAUUAACAAGUUUGGGAGUUAUCGGUGCCUUGGUUAAGACAGACGAACAGGAAGUAAUCACCUUUUUACUAACAACGGAAAUUAUACCUCUCUGCUUGCGAAUAAUGGAGUCCGGCUCAGAACUAAGCAAGACGGUUGCGACUUUUAUUCUUCAAAAAAUCUUAUUAGACGAUAGUGGCUUAAAUUACAUAUGCCAAACCUAUGAUCGUUUCAGUCACGUCGCUAUGAUUUUGGGUAAAAUGGUUUUGUCAUUAGCCAAGGAUCCAUCCGCCCGAUUGCUCAAGCACGUUGUUCGCUGUUAUCUGCGACUAUCGGAUAAUUCGAGAGCACGUGAAGCUCUGAGACAGUGUUUACCUGAUCAGCUAAGAGAUACAACGUUUAAUACCUGCCUUCAAGAAGAUAAAUCGACAAAGCAUUGGCUAUCGCAAUUGUUAACAAAUUUAGAAACUCCCGUCGCUCCGGAUCCUAGACAAGUCGAUAUUCCUGUAUUAACUUCCCAAUAACUAAAAAUUAGAUUGUGAUGGAUUUUUAUAUAUAUGUAGUGUACUAAGCAUAUUUCAACGACUUUUAUUUGCUUACCAAUCUUAAACAAGUUUGGCAGUGAUGCAAAGUACAAAACCAAAUUAAUGGCAAUGUAAUUCCAAAUAGGACACUCUGUAAUAAAUAAUGGCUGAUUUGAAAAAUUGAUAUUAAAAGGCACUUCCUCAGUGGCGUCUACUUCUGCCUGCUAUAAUUUUGCAUUUAACCAAAAGGAUGAAAUUGGAUUGUUAUAAAACAAAUGUGACCACUUGAAGUAGAUAUUGAUAACGAAUACCUUUAAGUCAAUCAUUAUUGAUCUCUUUGUAUUGUGUUUUUUUUUGAUUUUGUAUUUACCAGAUUCAAAUUAGUAUUAUAUAUUAUUUAAAAACAA